AUGUUUGUCUGGGAGACACUCUCGUUAUCGGUCAUCGUAUACGCCAUUGCUUAUGAUGUCGGGUCAAGAAUACGCUUUCCCAAAAGCAUUAGAAAAGUAUACUUGUGCUUUGUGGCCCCGUUCAAAAAUUUUUUGACCUUGGCGGAUCUGGCGGAUCCUGUCGGGGAGCCUUCAGUACCAUCUAUUACGAUAACCCGUGCUCUAUCUGUUCUCGCCUGUCUUCAAGCUUUUGGCUGGCUCGGUUGUCUUGUAUAUGCGCUAGUCCUCAACGACGCUUCGCUUUCCACAACGUUCCUGUUGAAAGCCUGUUCAUGGGGUUAUAUCCUGUGCAGAACUACAACAUUGCCUCCUGUUACGCCGCCAUAUCUUUCAAUUUCCUACGCCUUUCUCCAGGCCUUCACAUCAUUCGUAAGGCUUGGUGUGGAAAUCACGAAGGCUUAUGAUGGUACAGUAAUAGUGCUUGAUUCCUUCUGCUUGAUUACAGCAAGCCUUUUUGUGUAUAUCGCGGGUACUCUGCCUGUCCAGCUAGUGCGUCCGGCAUUGAAUAUUGCCCAAUACAAAGAUAUGCCGUCCGUAUCGUUCUCCAUGCCCGAAGAUGACGUGACACUAUGGAGUUGGUUUACCUUUUCAUUCAUUGAACCAAUCUUCAGCCUUGCCAAUGCCCGAACUCUGAAUGAAAGUGAUGUAUGGGGUUUGUCGCCUUAUUUCCAGCACAAGAAUCUCUUCAAUAAAUACCUUGAAUACAACAAACGAUAUCCCGGUCACUCCUUGAUUCGAUUUUUACUUGUCUCUAAUUCUCUCGACCUGAUCCUGGACGUUGUCCUUGAAUUAUGGAGUGCUGUUGUUGGCUUCCUUCCGGCAUAUGCUCUGCAGGAAAUAUUGUCAGCUUUAGCAAAAGACAAUCCGGAGUCAAGGCAGGAUGCGUAUUACUGGGCUGCUGUCACUUUUCUAGCACAUCUUUCUUUUGCCCAAGUGGACCUAUUCCAAAGCUGGCAUACCAGAAGGUGCUAUGAGCGCACUCGCGGACAACUAUUUUGCACUUUGCAUUACAAAUCGUUGAGAAGACGGAAUGUUGAAGGACAAGUGAAGCGGGAAGGCUCAGAGAACGAAGGUGGUGUACAUCUUGGUAAAAUAGUCAAUUUAAUGCAAGGCGACGCGUAUGCAGUGUCUCAAAGAUUCUGGGAGUUCUCCGCACUAAUCACAUCGCCGAUUCGUUUGGUCAUUGCCCUCGUAUUUCUUUACAAUGUUAUGGGAUGGGCAGCGAUUUCAGGCGUUCUAAUCGUCCUUGUCGCAUAUGUGUUAAACUAUCCGCUUGCUACUUAUAACAUAUCGAUCACCAGGGCAUCUUGGAAAGCGAAAGACGCUAGGAUGGGCAUCGUAAAUGAGCUUCUGCAAAAUAUAAGAUUCUUGAAGUUCUACGGAUGGGAGUACCAUUGGUCAUUUGAAACGGAAAAAGCGCGCGAAACAGAGCUAAGAUGGCGUGUUAAGGAGAACAUCGUGGCCACGUUGAUCUCUUUCAUCUGGAUAUGGAUUCCAUCGGCAACUGCGCUGACAACUUUCCUUUGCUAUACCUUGGUAGCAGGUCAACGUCUGACGGUUUCGAAGGCAUUUACAGCCAUUGCACUUUUUUCACAGCUUCAAAGACCUAUGACAGCGCUACCAGGCCAGGUUUUUGCUAUACUUCAUGCUUACGUAUCUAUGCAGCGCAUUGAGAAUUUCUUGCAAGAAGAGGAGGUGCCUGAAUGGGCGUCCACACUUACCGCCUCUUCGCCAUUUGAACAUGAGGAUCAAAUUGGAUUUUCGGAGGCCGCCUUUGAGUGGGGAACUUCUCUAAAGACCCCCUCAUCUUUAUCCCAGUUUCAACUGGGGCCCUUGAAUAUAGUCUUUCCGAAUGCCAAACUGACGGUGAUAAGCGGACCAACAGGAAGUGGUAAAAGCGCAACGUUAUCUGCUCUGCUGGGAGAGAUCCAUUGCUUGUCUGGCAGGGUGUUCCUGAAUAAACAGUUCCAUCAAGUCGCGUACUGCGCCCAGAAUCCAUGGCUGGAGCAUGCUACUAUUCGUGAUAAUAUCAUAUUUGGCUCAUCUUUCGGUUACGACGAAGGAAGAUACAACACAGUUGUAGAAGCUUGUGCCUUGGUUAAAGACCUGGAUAUACUCGAGGCUGGUGACAUGACUGAAAUCGGAGAGAAGGGAAUAACACUCAGCGGGGGCCAAAGAGCUAGGAUCGCUCUUGCUAGAGCCAUGUAUUCUGAAGCUAAGUGCAUUCUCCUUGAUGAUCCGCUUGCGGCAGUGGAUAUGCACACUGCGCAGCAUCUCGUACAUAAUUGCUUAUCUGGAAACCUCGUGGAAGGUCGUACAAUCAUUCUAGUCACGCAUCAUAUCAGUCUUUGCCUUCCGAUCACCUCCCAUAUCAUAGAGCUGUCCCACGGGAAGGUCUUUCAGCAAGGAUCCGUGCAGGAGCUCGAAGAGCGAGGUGUUCUGCAUAAAGUCAUCGAUAUGGAGGACCAGCCAUUUGUCUCCGAUGACAAUCUGGAGUCAUCUGCAACAACAGUCGUGAACGAAGCGGACGAAGUAAAUAAGGAUCCUGGACCUCGUAAAACUCUGCUCAAGUCCGGAAACGGGAAACUCAUCCAAGCGGAAGCUCGAGCCAAGGGACGUGUCUCCAUGAAAACAUAUCUGACUUAUAUCCGAGCAGCAGGCAUCAUUUCUUGGAUUCUAACGGUUUUUCUCAUGCUCCUGAUUCGUUUCAUUAACAUUGGCAAUCAGGUCUUCCUCUCGGCGUGGGGUGAAGCGUAUGAAGACCGUACCUCCUUGAGUGCAUUCAUAGCACGCGUAAUGGCUUCCAGCGUGAAGUAUCCCUGGAGCGGAUUCCCCUCCCCAGAUACCAGUGUAAAGCCUUGGCUCAUGGUAUACUUCUAUAUUUCGAUGGCCGGAGCAUUUUCGGUUAUCUCCUAUAUCUCCCUAGGUUACUAUGCAAGCCUGCAAGCCUCCCGUUCUAUCUUCAUAUCGCUACUCCGCAGAAUCACCCGUGCCCCUGCGCGCUUCUUCGAUACCACACCCAUCGGUCGGAUACUGAAUCGAUUCACUGGUGAUAUCAACACUAUCGACGGGGCUUUACAGAAUUCCGCGAGGGAGUGCCUUUCAGGGAUCCUUGACUUUGUAGCAUCAUUCUUGGUUGUUCUUGUGGUCGUCCCAGUGUUUGCGCCAUUUGCAUUGUUUAUCGCUUGGCUGUACAUUCGCUUAGCGCCGUCGUAUAUCAGGGCCUCGCGUGAUCUCAGAAGAUUGGAGUCAGUGUCGCUGUCGCCUGCCUUCGCAGGGUUCGAUGAACUUUUGAGAGGAAUAGUUCAUGUUAGGGCGUUUGGGAUGGAACAAAGGUAUCAGAAUGCCUUCUAUGCAAAGGUUGACAGGUUUCAAACCUUUGACCAUGUAUAUUGGCUAGUAAACGGAUGGCUUAGAUGGAGAUAUGACUGUCUAGGAUCUGUUGUCGUUUUCGCCACAACCGUUUUUGCGCUACGGAUGGGACUGCAAAGUGGAGCAGUUGCCAUUGUUAUUGUACAAGCUGGCAUCUUUGCUGAAGCCAGCCGACAGCUCGUCAGAGUUGCAGCACAGUUGGAAUUAGACUUUAACAGCGUGGAACGCGUCGUCGAGUACCUCGAUCUUCCGCAAGAGGCACCUGCCAUCAUAGAAAACUCGAAACCCCCGGCAUUCUGGCCGUCGAGCUCUGGAGAACUUGUUGUCGAAGAUCUUGUCGUUCAGUACGCGCCGGAGCUACCUGCGGUUUUGAAGAGUCUUUCUUUCGUUAUUAAUCCGUCGGAGAAAAUUGGUGUGGUUGGGAGAACAGGUUCUGGGAAGUCUACGUUGGCCCUUUCGCUUUUGCGCAUGGUCGAGCCGGUCAGUGGAAGAAUAUACAUAGAUGGCAUUGAUAUCUCAAAGAUUGGUCUUGAGGACCUGAGGACUCGUAUUACCAUCGUUAGCCAGGACGUCUCUCUUUUCUCAGGCACACUCCGCAGUAAUUUGGACCCUCUAAACCAGAAUACUUGGCAGGAAUGCAUGGAAGUCGUAGAACGGUGUCAUAUGAUGGAUGUUCUGCAUCUCAACACAAGUGACUUGCUCGAUUUACCCAUCAGCCAGGGAUCCUUAAGCGGGGGCGAAAGGCAGCUCGUAGCAUUGGCUCGAGCAAUGCUGAGGCGUACAAAUAUCAUUAUUAUGGACGAGGCAACGUCUCAGAUUGACUCGCAUCUGGACGAUCAGAUCCAGCGAACGAUUCGCGAAGAGCUUUCGAGCGCCAUCGUUAUAACUAUUGCUCACCGGCUCAAAACAAUCAUAGAUUAUGAUCGUAUCCUUGUUCUAGACGAAGGUGAGAUUGUUGAAUUUGGGAAACCGAAGGAACUGUUGCAGCGGGUUGGCGGUGCGUUUAGAGAGAUGUGCAAGAAAAGCCCAGACUGGCCCAUGUUGGCAAAGCUGUCAGAAUGAUUCAGAUCCCUAUUUUGUGACCACCUUGGAGCAGCAUGUACAUGAAUAGACAGUUGUCGGUCCAUAUAGGCACAUUUCAACGAACACGUGAUAUUUUGAGCAUA